AGAGCCGGGCUGCUAGUGCAGCCGCGGCUGAGGCAGUGGGGCGCUGCUGCAUCAGGACCUUCUGCCUCCGAGCCACGCCUGGUCUCCAGGCCUGGAGGCGGGACGAAGCCAGGCCCUGGCAGUGGAGACGCGCAGUGCACGCUGAGGUUUAGGGGAGAUUCAGGCCGCGGCCUGUCAGGGCCAGUCAGGGAGGAGCCCACCCUUCUGACAGAAUAAGAUGGCGGCGAUGGCGCCUGGAGGUGGCAGUGGGAGCGGCGGCGUGAAUCCAUUCCUCAGCGAUACCGACGAGGAUGACGACGAGGUAGCGGCGACGCAGGAGCGGCGGUCUGGACUUCGGCUGGGUUCCGGGGGUGGCCUGGAUCCUGACUCUGUGGGCUCGCUGUCGCCACAGGAUCCCGUGGCUUUAGGGAGCAGUGUGCGGACGGGGCUCCCUGGGGAGGCGGCUGCGGUGGCGCUGGGGGGCCUCGGGGACACCCCGGCCCGACUGUCCAUUGAUGCGAUCGCCGCUCAGUUGUUGCGGGAUCAGUACUUGCUGACGGCCCUGGAGCUGCAUACCGAGCUGUUGGAGAGCGGCCGCGAGCUGCCUCGGCUGCGUGACUACUUCUCCAACCCCGGCAACUUCGAGAGGCAGAGCGGGACCCCGCCUGGGGUGGGAGCGCCGGGCUUCCCGGGAGCAGCCGGCGUCGGAGGCGCUGGAGGCCGGGAGCCGAGUACUACGUCUGGCGGGGGACAGCUCAAUCGAGCUGGAAGCAUCAGUACCCUUGAUUCCUUAGACUUCGCAAGAUACUCAGAUGAUGGUAACAGGGAAACUGAUGAGAGAGUGGCAGUCCUGGAGUUUGAACUACGGAAAGCCAAGGAGACCAUUCAGGCCCUCCGAGCAAACCUAACAAAGGCUGCAGAAAAUGAAGUUCCUUUACAGGAACGGAAAAAUUACAAAUCAAGUCCUGAAAUUCAGGAGCCAAUCAAACCUCUUGAAAAGAGAGCUCUAAACUUCCUAGUCAAUGAAUUUUUAUUGAAGAAUAAUUACAAGCUUACAUCCAUAACCUUUUCAGAUGAAAAUGAUGAUCAGGAUUUUGAAUUGUGGGAUGAUGUAGGCUUAAACAUCCCCAAACCUCCAGACUUAUUGCAGCUCUACCGAGAUUUUGGAAAUCAUCAGGUGGCUGGGAAAGAUGUUGUGGACGUGGCCAGUGGAGUAGAUGAAGAGGAGCUGGAGGCUCUCACGCCAGUUUUAAGCAGCCUGCCUCCAACCUUUGAAAGUCCUCCGCCUGUAGAGAACUCUAUGCUAGUACAGAAACUGGAAGAUAAAAUUACUUUGUUAAAUAGUGAGAAGUGGUCCUUGAUGGAGCAUAUCAGAAGACUUGAAAGUGAAAUAGACUUUCUCAAAAAUGAACAUUUUGCCAUCCCAGUGGUGUGCGACUCUGUUCAGCCUUCUGUGGAUCAGUCUUCCCACAAAGACUCUGAAGACAGUGAGCAGAGUUCAGUUGUAAAUAGUUCAGACCAGGGAAGAAGCAAGGAUAUUCAUCUUUCAGUGUCCGAUGAAGUCGAUUCCGCUGCUCCUAAAGAGAAUUCCUCAAAUUCUGUGCCCAGGAGAGGAAGGGAAGGAAUGCCAUCUUCUUCUCCACAAAGCAGAAAUGCAGCUCAGUUUGAUAAACCCAAUAGGAAAUUAUCUCCUGCUUUCCACCAAGCACUACUUUCUUUUUGUCGAAUGUCAGCAGAUAGUCGUUUAGGAUCAGAGGUGUCUCGGAUUGCAGAUAGUGAAAAGAGCGUCAUGCUCAUGCUGGGACGCUGCCUGCCACACAUUGUUCCCAACGUGCUGCUGGCAAAGAGAGAGGAGUUGAUCCCCCUCAUACUGUGUACAGCAUGUCUGCAUCCUGAGCCUAAGGAGAGAGAUCAGCUUCUCCACAUACUUUUCAAUUUGAUCAAGAGGCCAGAUGAUGAGCAGAGGCAAAUGAUACUGACGGGUUGCGUGGCAUUUGCACGUCAUGUUGGACCCACACGUGUAGAAGCUGAGCUUUUACCACAGUGUUGGGAGCAGAUUAAUCACAAGUAUCCAGAAAGACGACUAUUGGUGGCUGAAUCGUGUGGAGCAUUAGCACCUUACCUUCCUAAAGAAAUUCGUAGCUCCUUGGUUCUUUCAAUGCUGCAGCAGAUGCUAACAGAAGAUAAAGCCGAUUUGGUUCGGGAAGCUGUAAUCAAAAGCCUUGGUGUCAUCAUGGGAUACAUUGAUGAUCCAGACAAAUAUCAACAGGGUUUUGAGUUGUUGCUCUCGGCCUUGGGUGAUCCCUCAGAAAGAGUGGUUAGUGCAACACAUCAAGUAUUUCUACCAGCUUAUGCUGCUUGGACAACAGAACUUGGAAAUUUGCAGUCUCAUCUUAUACCUACACUACUGAAUAAAAUUGAAAAACUUCUCAGGGAAGGAGAACACGGGCUUGACGAACAUAAGCUCCACAUGUACCUUUCCGCCUUGCAGUCCUUGAUCCCUUCACUCUUUGCACUGGUGCUCCAGCAUGCACCUUUCACGAGCAAAGCCAAGCUGCAUGGUGAAGUGCCACAGAUAGAAGUGACUAGGUUCCCACGGCCUAUGUCGCCUCUUCAAGAUGUGUCUACUAUUAUUGGAAGCCGUGAGCAAUUGGCAGUCCUAUUACAGCUUUAUGAGUACCAGUUGGAACAUGAGGGUACAACAGGCUGGGAGAGUUUACUAUGGGUUGUCAAUCAAUUGUUGCCACAACUUAUAGAAAUAGUUGGCAAAAUUAAUGUCACUUCAACUGCCUGUGUCCAUGAAUUCUCAAGAUUUUUUUGGCGCCUUUGCCGGACGUUUGGCAAAAUUUUUACAAACACUAAGGUAAAACCUCAGUUCCAGGAGAUUUUAAGACUAUCUGAAGAAAACAUUGAUUCCUCAGCAGGAAAUGGGGUCCUCACUAAAGCUACAGUCCCCAUUUAUGCAACAGGAGUCCUUACAUGUUAUAUUCAGGAAGAAGACCGAAAACUGUUAGUUGGAUUCUUGGAAGAUGUAAUGACUCUGCUUUCAUUAUCUCAUGCUCCUCUCGAUAGCCUGAAAGCUUCUUUUGUGGAACUGGGUGCAAAUCCUGCCUACCAUGAGUUACUGUUAACCGUUUUGUGGUAUGGUGUUGUCCAUACUUCAGCACUUGUGAGGUGUACUGCUGCUAGAAUGUUUGAGCUGACUCUUCGAGGCAUGAGUGAAGCGUUAGUUGACAAGCGGGUUGCUCCGGCCCUUGUUACCUUGUCCAGUGAUCCAGAAUUCUCUGUCAGGAUUGCCACAAUUCCAGCCUUUGGCACUAUUAUGGAAACAGUUAUUCAAAGAGAGUUGCUGGAAAGAGUGAAGAUGCAGCUGGCCUCGUUCCUGGAAGAUCCCCAGUAUCAAGACCAGCAUUCCCUGCAUACGGAGAUCAUCAGAACAUUUGGGAGAGUGGGGCCUAAUGCUGAGCCCAGAUUCCGAGAUGAGUUUGUUAUACCACAUUUGCAUAAAUUAGCCCUGGUGAACAACUUACAAAUUGUAGAUUCUAAAAGACUGGAUAUUGCUACCCAUCUUUUUGAAGCCUACAGUGCACUUUCCUGUUGUUUCAUUUCAGAAGAUUUAAUGGUUAAUCACUUUUUACCUGGUCUCAGGUGUUUACGCACUGACAUGGAACACCUUUCUCCAGAGCACGAGGUUAUUUUAAAUUCUAUGAUAAAAGAAUGUGAACAGAAAGUAGAGAACAAGACUGUGCAGGAGCCGCAAGGCUCAAUGUCGAUUGCUGCAAGCUUAGUGAGUGAAGAUACAAAGACCAAAUUUUUGAACAAAAUGGGCCAGUUGACAACAUCGGGUGCCAUGUUGGCCAACGUGUUUCAGAGAAAGAAGUAAGCACAGGAAGGGGAGGCCUCCAGUGAACACUAAGAAGGACCUCAGGCAGAUUGGUUCCUUGUACUUGAAGUACUUGCCUUUUUUAUUUCCUCUGUUUCAUGUUCUUGCAUUAUAAUUUUACCCUAAUCUCCAAAGAGUUUUGCACUGCUAUUGAUUAUUGCUGUAUAUGUGUUAAUUUGGGUUAUAACUGUGGUGAUAGGAAAUUGAGUUGAGUCUGUACCAAGUCCCUCUUCUGUGUUUUUGUCUUUCAGAAUAAUUUUAUAUAUAUAUAGUGAAGAGUUUGUUUUUGUCUGUUUGUUUUUUUAUUUUGGGAUGGGAUAUUAGCAAAUAUCUGUAUUAUAUACUGAGCUAUUACAAUGGUACUUAAAAUAAUGUAAAUUUGAGGUCAUUGUUAUAAAGUAAUAAAAGUGGAGAUUGCUUAAGUAUUUAAAUUAUGAAAGAAUAA